UAUAAUUAUCUUUUUCUUCUUAUUUUUUGCUUGUGAAUAUGGAGAUCAACAUUAUAGAAACAACAAUGGUGAAACCAUCAAAACCAACUCCUUUAAAGAUUCUCUACAACUCAAAUCUUGAUUUAAUAGUUGGAAGAAUCCAUCUUUUGACUGUGUACUUCUACAAGCCAAUUAAUACUAAUGGAGGAUUAUCUAAAAAUAAUUUCUUUGAUUCUAGAAUUAUGAAAGAGGCUUUAAGCAAUGUUUUAGUUUCAUUUUAUCCAAUGGCUGGAAGAUUAGCUAAAAAUAAUGAAGGAAGAAUUGAGAUAAAUUGUAAUGGAGAAGGGGUAUUAUUUGUUGAAGCUCAAAGUGAGGAUACUUUUGUUGAUGAUUUUGGUGAUUUUGUUCCAAGUUUGGAGAUGAAGAAUAAACUCAUUCCUAAUGUUGAUACUUAUGGUGAUAUCUCUUCUUUUCCACUUGUCAUCUUUCAGGUUACUCGUUUCAAGUGUGGUGGAGUCUCUUUAGGAUGUGGCCUUUUCCACACAUUAUCAGAUGGCGUUUCAUCCAUUCAUUUCAUCAACACGUGGUCGGAAAUUGCACGUGGCCUCUCCGUUGCCAUCCCGCCGUUCAUCCAUCGGUCUCUCCUCGGUGCCCGGGACCCACCGACACCCGCCUUUGAACAUGUCGAGUAUCACCCUCCACCAACCCUGAAGAACGUCCAUGGCGAAGUUAGCGUACCAAAGUCCAGUUCGACAAGCAUGUUUAAGAUCACAAGAGACCAACUUACCCUACUCAGGACCAGGUCCAAGCACGAGGGUAGUACUUACGAAGUCCUCGCAGCUCACAUUUGGCGUUGCACGUGCAAGGCACGUGGCAUAGACGAUGACCAAUUGACAAAGUUACAUGUUGCUACAAAUGGUAGGACAAGACUUUUUCCUCCUUUACCACAAGGUUACUUAGGAAAUGUUGUUUUCACAGCUACACCAAUUGCUAAAUCUAGUGAACUUCAAUCAGAGCCAUUGACGAAAACUGCACGAAGAAUUCACGAUACGUUGGCAAGAAUGAACGAUGAAUAUUUAAGAUCGGCGAUAGAUUAUCUCGAAUUAAUGACAGAUUUAUCGAAAUUAAUCCGAGCCCCGACGUAUUUUGCUAGUCCUAAUCUUAAUAUUAAUAGUUGGACUAAGUUGCCUGUUCAUGAUUCAGAUUUUGGAUGGGGAAAACCAAUUCAUAUGGGACCUGCUUGUAUUUUGUAUGAAGGGACAGUGUAUAUAUUACCAAGUCCAAAUGAUGACAAGAAUUUGAGAUUGGCUGUGUGUUUAGAUGCUGAUCAUAUGCCACUUUUUGAAAAAUACUUGUAUGACAUUUGAGAGACAACCUUUGCAAAUAUUUCCAAGAGAAUGGGACAUGAAUUGAUGAUCUCUGUAUCGUUCCAAUUUUAUCGAUGUCCCUGAGGAAACGGGUCAUGAUUGUCUCCAGGUGGUUGAGUUGUGGUUGGAUUAGAUAUGUUUAACUUUUUAUUUGUUAAUUGUGGGUUAAGUUGUCGGUUUUUUCAAAUUCAUUCUCAUGAAUUGAUGAUCUCUGUAUCGUUUCAAUUUUAUCAAAUGUCCCCGAAGGAUCAGUCAUGAUUAUCUCUACUUGUGCUUGAGUUUUGGUGUGGUUGGAU